AAAUAAUAUAAAAUGUACUAUACAAAGUUUGAACAAUGCUUUAGUGAAGUUUCAGCUAAUGUUUGUCUCAUUGUUCCCCAGCAGAUGGCGAUAUUUACCUUCUGGAUUUGUCUACUUUGCAGUCAAAUUCACAUCAUCUGGUGGUGAGAUUGCGAAUUGCAUCCAACAGAAUCUACGGUAGCUGCCACAGGACAAAUAGGUCAUCAUCUGAGACCAGGGCUGCGUCCGAAAGCUUAGACAGCUGACUUGUUACCUCGCUGCUUCAUGAGGCAAUGGCUUUAUGCUCCGGGAAAUGCAUUCGGAAAGACGUCAUAGGCAGCAAACGGACUUCUGUUUAAAAUACAUUGGCAGCCAGUGACUUCUUUUUCGGGGCGCACGAUGCGAAGCAUCCAAACAAUGGAAUUAAUUAUUUUAUGUUCCUCAGCAGGGAAAGGUCUUGUUACCAUCUAGUCCUGUUACCAUGUUUACUGGUUUUAAAGUGAUCACAAAACUGUGUGGACCAACUCCGAUUCACCUCUGUAACCGCCCCCGUUUGCCGCUUUCUGCACGUCUCCUAUUGAAAAAGAACUAAACACUCGUGGUUGCCGUGUACCAUGUGAAACGGCCUUUAGUGAUGUAGGAGCAUCCGCAUUAGAACCAUCAGGAGCAGUAUUACUAUGAGCAGCAUCAUUUCUGUGAGCAGCAUUAGUAGGUGAGCAGCACAUUACUGUGAUCAGCAUCAGUGAUGUGAGCAGCAUAAUUUCUGGAAGCAGCAUCAGUAAGUGAGCAGCAUUAGGAGCAUCAGCAGCAUCAUUAGUGUGAGUAGCAUCAUUUCUGAGAGCAGCAUCAGUGUGUGAGCACCAUCAGUAAGUAAGGAGCAGCAGCAUCAUUACUGUGAGCAGCCUCAGUGAUGUGAGCAGCAUCAGUACUGGAGCACCAGCAUUAGAAUCAUCAGCAGCAUUAUUACUGUGAGCCGCAUCAGUAAGUGAGCAGCAUCUAGAGCAUUCGUGAUGUAGGAGCAUCAGCAUUAAAAGCAUCAGCAACAUUAUUACUGUAAGCAGCGUCGUUUCUGGAAGCAGCAUCAGUAAUGAGCAGCACCAGGUGCAUCAGCAGCAUCAUUACUGUGUGCAGCAUCUAGAGCAUUAGUGAUGUAGGAGCAUCAGCAUUAGAAGCAACAGGAGCAUUAUUACUGUGAGUCGCAUCAGUAAGUGAGCCAUAUCUGGAGCAUUAGUGAUGUAGAAGCAUCAGCAUUAGAAGCAUCAGGAGCAUUAUUACUGUGAGCAUCAUCAACAUCAGUGAUGUGAGAAGCAUCAUCUCAGGGAGCAGCAUCAGUAAUGAGCAGCAUCAGGAGCAUCAGCAGCAUCAUUACUGUGAGCAGCAUCAGUGAUGUGCGCAGCAUCAGUACUGGAGUAUCAGCAUUAGAAGCAUCAGCAGCAUUAUUACUGUGAGCAGCAUCAGUAAGUGAGCAGCAUCUGAAGUAUUACUGAUGUAGCAGCAUCAGAAUUAGAAGCAUCAGGAAUAUUAUUACUGUGAGCAGCAUCAGUGAUGUGAGAAGCAUCAUUUCUGGAAGCAGCAUCUGUAAUGAGCAGCAUCAGCAGCAUCAUUACUGUGAGCAGCAUUAGUACUGGAUCAUCAGCAUUAGAAGCAUUAGCAGCAUUAUUACUGUGAGCAGCAUCAGUAAGUGACCAGCAUCUGGAGCAUUUGUGAUGUAGGAGCAUCAGCAUUAGAAGCAUCAGGAGAAUUAUUACUGUGAGCAGCAUCAGUGAUGUGAGAAGCAUCAUCUCUCAGAGCAGCAUCAGUAAUGAGCAGCAUCAGGAGCAUCAUUACUGUGAGCAGCAGCAUCAGUGAUGUGAACAGUAUCAGCAUCAGUGAUGUGACCAGCUUCAAGAGCAUCAUUACUGUGAGCACUGAGCAGCAUCAGUGAUGUGAGCAUCAGUACUGUGGGCAGCACUCAUCCGCCGCGCGCUCCUCUCCUCAGCUCUCGAGUUUCACUGGAGCAACAGCAGGGUUCUGUUGCUGCACUAUCAACUUCACAUCUAAUCUGCGAUUGUCUUCAUCUUGUUUCAUGAAUGGAUAUCCCUCUUUUUCGACAACCCAUUUGAUUCCUUCACACUGAACUCUCCUCGUUGUUUUCGAUAGAGUGAAUCAGACCUAGAGAUGUCACUCUGUGAAGUCGUCGGACAAGCAUAGACCACACUUUUUUAGGUCACUUGAUGCACGCAAGAGUUCUGCUUCAUUCCAACUGAGGCUUGUAAAGAUCAAGGUGAUUUCUUCUUCAUAUUGACCCUUUUGUCUGGCAUAUCCGGGCUGGUUCUCUACGCUUCGUCAGGAUGAGUGACUUACUGGAAGCGACGUCCCCGGUGGCGGGCAUAGGAGGACCCGUUGCUUGCGUGUCCAAAGUGGAGUUGCGUGUAUCCUGCAAAUCCCUGUUGGACCGAGACACACUGAACAAGUCGGACCCGUGCGUCAUGCUCAUGGUACAGAAUCAGGGCCAGUGGACGGAACUGGACCGUACGGAGGUGAUCAAGAGCAAUCUGAAUCCAGUCUUUGCCAAAGUCUUAAUGCUGGAUUAUUAUUUCGAGGAAGUUCAGAAACUGCGCUUCGAGGUCUAUGACAUUCACGGAACCCACAGUAUUGGAACCCGUGAUGAUGACUUUUUGGGUGGUGUGGAGUGCACGCUUGGACAGAUAGUGGCCCAAAAGAAGAUGGUGAAACCUCUUCUGCUGAAGUAUGGAAAAUAUGCAGGAAAAUCCACAAUCACAAUUCAUGCAGAAGAGAUAUCUGGGAACAACGGCUACGUCGAGCUUUCCUUUUGUGCCAAGAAGCUGGAUGAUAAGGAUCUCUUCAGCAAGUCAGAUCCGUUCUUAGAGAUUUACCGAAUUAAUGACGAUGGAACAGAACAGCUUGUACACAGAACUGAAGUAAUCAAAAACAAUCUGAACCCCGUGUGGGAGCCAUUCAAAGUGUCCCUCAUUUCUCUGUGUAGCUGUGAUGAUGAAAGGAAGUUAAAGUGUUUAGUCUGGGAUUAUGACUCCAGGGGGAAGCAUGACUUCAUUGGGGAAUUCUACACCAAUUUCAAGGAAAUGCAGAAGAUUUCCUCUGGUAAUAAGGUCACAUGGGAGUGCAUCAAUCCAAAAUACAAGCUGAAGAAAAAGAAUUACAAGAACUCGGGGUUGGUUAUUCUCAGCGAUCUCAAGCUUCACAGAGUCUAUUCCUUCCUGGACUACAUCAUGGGAGGCUGCCAAAUACACUUCACAGUUGCCAUUGACUUCACAGCGUCUAAUGGAGAUCCUCGCAAUAGCUGUUCCCUUCACUACAUCAACCCAUAUCAGCCAAAUGAGUAUCUGAAAGCUUUGAUAGCCGUGGGGGAGAUCUGCCAGGACUAUGACAGUGACAAACGAUUCUCUGCUUUGGGUUUUGGGGCUAGAAUUCCUCCUAACUAUGAGGUGUCCCAUGACUUUGCCAUCAAUUUCAACCCGGAGGACGAUGAAUGUGAAGAGAUCCAGGGGGUCGUGGAAGCCUAUCAAAACUGCCUCCCUAAGAUCCAGCUGUACGGUCCGACUAACGUGGCUCCCAUCAUCAACAGAAUAGCAAAGCUAGCCGCUGGGAAAGAACCCAUCAAAGACGCUUCUCGAUAUCAUAUCCUGCUGAUCCUGACAGAUGGGGUGGUAACAGAUAUGGCCGACACGCGGGAUGCCAUCGUAAGGGCGUCCUACCAGCCCAUGUCUAUCAUCAUUGUGGGAGUGGGGAAUGCAGACUUCACGGAUAUGGAGAUUCUUGAUGGGGAUGAUGGAGUCCUGCGUUCACCCAAAGGAGAACCCGUCUUGAGAGACAUUGUACAGUUUGUGCCCUUCAGAGAUUUUAAAACGGCUUCACCGGCAGCUCUUGCGAAGUGUGUCCUAGCAGAGGUCCCUAAACAGGUAGUGGAGUACUUUAGUCACAAGGCGAUACCGCCAAUUAACCCGGUGCUGAAUUCUGCCCCCAACUCCAUCCCCAGCACACCCGAAUAACACUUAAACUACCCCAUGAAGCCCUGUGUACCUCUACAAUACUGGAUAAGGGAAGCUGGGACAGGGAUACCUGACCGGCGAUACAGUUCACAUUUUCUCCUUAUAACUAUUUUUUGGAUCUCGGUGCCCUUGACAUCAACAGCUCACCCAGCAUGCAAACCGGAGGCCUUGUCUAUCUGCCCAUGUAAGAUUCUUUAAAGAGCCAGAAAGUACAGAGAAUUCCCAUCAGGACCACAGGCGCUUUGUUUCCUGCUGGCUUUUUACAGAUGCCCGGUGUUUUUCAGAGCAGUUUGGGACUUUGCUUUGCCUGCCUGUGUUUGCUUUUCAUUUCUGGACUCUUGGAGGAGCAUGUGUGUUGACUAUGAAAGACUGGGUUUUGCUUGAAAGAUAAACAUAAUUGACCAUUAACUCCAUCUUAAUGUAUAGAUAUGGGGUGAGGAAUUGUAUUAAUAUUUGAACUAUUGAUAUGAGCUUAAUUUCUUAUCUCCCUGCUGACAAAACAGAUCGAAUGUCUAUGUUGGUUCAGGCUGCUUUAUGGUGAUCAUUGUCAAUCCAGCUGCCAACUAACUGGUUUUACUGGUGAAGCUGAUAAACAGUAAGGUUUGCUUGUUACCUAUAACUAAGAAACAAAGUGUGGAGCUGGUUACCAACAUGUAUUUUGGCUUCAAACUUUAACCAAAUUAAUGCUUUAAACAACCUGAUUUGAAAAAAGUAAAGCUAUCUGCAUACAAAUUAUCUGCUUAUUAUUGUUAGGGUUAGGUUGUUUUACCCAGAUUAAAGGAUUACUCUGGUGAAAAAUUUAAAUUAUCCAAUAAUUUAUUCACUUUCAAGACAUCUUCGAUGUAUUUCACUAUCUUUUUUCAGACAAACACAAUCAGAGUUAUAUUAGAAUGUCCUGGCUCUUCCAAGCUUUAUAACUGUAGUAAACAGGUACCAAGGAACAACUUCUGACAAAAAAAAGUGCAUCCAUCUUUCACAGAAGUAAUCCACGCAGCUCCAGUGGGUUAAUAAAGGACUUUUUAGGGAAAUCUUUCAAAUUUUGUAAGAAAAAUAUCCAUAUUUAAUCUAUAAUAACCAGUGUUGGGAAAGUUACUUUUAAAAGUAAUGCAUUACAAUAUUAAGUUACUCCCCAAAAAGUAACUAAAUACGUUACUUAGUUACUUUUCAUGGAAAGUAAUGCUUAUGUUACUUUUAAGUUACUUUUGCGUUAAUUUUUCUUACUUGGCUGAGGCUUGUUCUCUUUCAGGGCUUGUAGGUGUUUUAUGAUCGCAAAAAUGUCAAGCUCUGACCUGCCAUCUCCGUUUCUGACUCAAACUGUUCCCGCUCAGGUGCACAGAGUGCGUAAUUCUACGUUAAUAUGUUCAGUUUAAUUCAGUACAUUACUUUAUUUUUAAAUUGAAUGAAUUAAACUGAAAAGUAACUUGCAUUACUUUUUUAAAAAAGUAACUCAAAUAUUAAUGUGUACAUUUAUAAAGUAAUGCGUUACUUUACUCGUUACUUUAGAAAAGUAACAUUAUUACGUAAUGCACGUUACUUGUAAUGCGUUACCCCCAACAAUGAUAAUAACUAGCUUCCAGCCUGGAGUGCGUUUCCCGAACAACGGCAUAGAUUACUGCUGAAACACUAUAGUAGGAUGCAUAGUUGGAGAAACUAACAACCAAGUCAAAACAUGGUAACUUCGUCGCACAUUCGUUGUUUGAACCAAGUUGGUUCAACAACAUAGUUGAUGUCGGCACGUGGGAGGUGGAGUACUAAUUAUUUGUUCAAAUCGAUUUAAUGUCAGAUUAUUGCUGUAAAUAACGUAAAUUGACUCAGAAAACUGAUUGUUAUCGUGAUUGUUGUUUUAUUUAAAGAUAUUUCAUAAAUGCGCAUCUUACGUCACUCCUCCUAGGCAUUCUCCAGGGUCUUAAAGGGACACUCCACUAUUUUUUUUUAGAAAAAAGGCUCACUUUCCAGCUCCCCUAGAGUUAAAUAUUAGAUUUUUAUCGUUUUGGAAUUCAUUCAGCUGAUCUCCGGGUUGGGCGCUAGCACUUUUAGCAUAGCUUAGCAUAAUCCAUAGAAUCUGAUUAGACCAUUUAGCCUGGUCCAACCAGACUCUUGUACAUUUAUUUCAUUUGUACAGAGAGUCUGGCCACGCUCCAUUACUUCCAUUAAGGAGGGUCCUCUGUUGAAGUUUAAAACUAUUUGAUCUGGCCAGAGUCACUCAGGAUCUGCCAAAGCCAAUCGCUAACGUGUGGUCGUGACGCAUAUCAUGCGCCGAAACCAGACGGAAACAAGAAGUCCGAAUGAUCAGACCAACAAAACUUAGCAAACAUUGUUCUUGCUCCGGCUUUGACUUCUGUAUAUUCGGCGGUUUUGCAACAACGGACCGAAUAGCUUUUCUCACGUCUUUCUCCGCUGCCAUAACUGAACUACAACUCAAACUGACGCACGACCUCAACGUCAUCGUUCUUAGCCACCCCCCUUUGUUCGCUGAUUGGACCUGCAGAGUUUUGCAGGAGAAAACGAAACUCUACACAGCAGCCCCAGACGUAGUACUGAAUCGAAAUAAAAAUUAAACGGAAGCACGUAGAAGGGCGGAGCCAGGCUAUAGACCAUUAGCAUCGCCCUAAAAAUAACCGAAGAAAUUUCUUAAUAUUUUUCCUAUUUGAAACUUGACUCUUCUGUAGUUACAUCGUGUACUAAGACCGACGGAAAUUAAAAGUUGUGAUUUUCUAGGCAGAUAUGGCUAGGAACUAUACUCUCAUUCUGGUGUAAUAAUCAAGGACUUUGCUUCCGUAACAUGGCUGCAGGAGGCGCAAUGAUAUUACAGACUGCCCAAAAAUAGUCCCCUGCUAUUGAAAGUUACCAAGGGGACUAUUCUUCGUUUAAUGGCGGGUAGCACAAACGUUAAGGUGCAUUAUCUCCACCUAACUCGUUCUCGUCAUCUAACGCCACUCUUGUCAGAGUAUAGAAGGCACUCCAACACAGUAGGUGGCAAUAAUGCUCCUUAACGUUGGUACUACCCAUCAUUAUAUGAUAUAGAAGCUCAAUGAAAGAUCAUUGUCCGAUACCGGAAGCUAGUUAUUAUGGUUCAUAAAGUUUUAAAUAUGGAUAUUUUUAUACAAAAAUGCUAAAUUAAUUAUUGAUACAUUUUGAUAUAUAUAUAGAAUAUAUACAUUUUGCAUCAGUAAACUGAAAACAAUCUAGCCAUGUCAUAUACGGGUGGCUUGUGCAUGAACACAAAUACUAAUAUUGUAUAUGUAGAUAACAAACAAGAAUGGUUAUAUUUAGACAUUUCUCUCAUAUUUUACUGGAUAAAACAGUGAUAACAAUCACAAUUUUUUAACUUCCUAAUAGCCAUGGGUACGUUCUUAUGAAUGGAAAUUCAAUUAUACGGUAAAAAACGAAAUUUCCUACUAAAAUUGCAACCUUUUAUACAAUCAAAACAGAAACUUCAGGUUAUCAUGCAGUGAGUAUUUAUUGUACAGUUUUUUUUUUUCAAAUAGUUGCAUUAACAUGAAAACUGUGGAAAUGUUAUUUGCUUAUAAUGUACUUUAUUUUGGGAAAAUAAUAGGAAAAUGAUUGUACAUUUUGCUAUGAACCCGGUACCAUGAACGGUUUAGGUUGUUACCCAUUAAAAUAUGCCACAUAUUAUGCCAUCUAUGGUUUUGAGCAUGGGAUUAUCUUGCUUUCCAGACUAUGGGACAGCUUUAAAAUGAAAAAUGUCAUAUGCAUGGUGACGUCUCCAUUGAUGUGCUUCGUAUAUAUUCUAUUCAAGCGCAUGAAUGGGUUUCAACUCCUACAGCAUUCUGCUCUCUCCAUCUGCAGUAAAUGCAGAACAUACGUACAUGCCAGUAUUGCAUCAAUGCUUAUCAUUCAGUUGUGAUCUGAUUAUGUAAACAAGGGUUGCCAGAUUUGGAUUUGAUUUCUCACCUAAAAUGUCUUUCUACUGUACAUCUAGCCUAUUUGACUUUUGCAAAGCGCUGUGAUCUUGUACAUUGCAUUUUUGUUAAUUUGUCGUUUUCCCGUUUGCUCAUUUUUUUCCAAAUGAAUUACAUUGCAUGUUCAGUGUAUCCUGGGGUAAACGCUGAAACGGUUCCCUCUUGUUUGGAGGAGAUGUUUCUUCAUGCACACGAACAGAAGAACAGAGCGUGCUUGGAACGUCACGUGGAUCAUCAACACUGUGGUAUUUUCUUUCUUGGUGAGAUCAUUACCAGUUUUCUGGUGGAACAAAGCUUUAUAUUCAGACACCUGAGUCAUUAAGCUACAUUACGGCUGCUUCAAGACAUUGUGGAGAAAGUCUGCUGCAUAACAUCAAGGACAAAAUGGACGGAUUAUUUUGCCCAGAAAUAAAUCCUUAUUAAAUUAUUGCACUUUACUGCCUAAGCCACUGUAUUGCAAGAAGCAAGAGGAAUCAUUUCAGCAUUUAACCCUGUUUAGUCUAACCUGUUUCAGCAAUGUGUUUUUAUUUGGAUCUCUUUCGAAAGCUGUGAUUUAUUGCAUGCACUUCUCUGUGUUGAAAUGUACCUGUCUGAUUUUCAGUGUUUCAUUGAAAGCAAGUCUGCCGUUGCACCAGCCCUGUAGUCUAGACUCAUAAUUCUGCAUCAACAUGAAUAAAUUAUUUAAUAAUUUGA